GGCACUACUGCGGCUCGGCUUCCACGCGCGCUCGUGCAGCUGUCUCCUCGCGCUCGUCUUGUUAUGUUGGAGGCCAAUGCUGCUACCUUCCACUCAUCAUCACAGCCCUCGCGCGGAAGGAGAAGCCUUUUGUAAGCUGCAAGCCUUGCUGAGAAUGAGUCCCGCAUAACUCCGGCUGUUGUCGCUGUCUGCCCCCUCCUUUCUCUUUCUUUUUCCCCUCUCCCGCGCUCUCCAAGUUGAGUCAUUGUACCUAAGUAUGGUAGAUAAAGGCCCCUUGUUGACUUCUGCCGUUAUUUUUUACCUGUCCAUUGGGGCGGCAAUUUUUCAAGUCCUGGAGGAGCCCAACUGGAAACUGGCUGUAGCUCAGUACAGUGCCCAGAAGGAUAAAAUACUUGAGGACUAUCCCUGUCUGACGAAAGCUGAUUUGGACAGAAUAUUAGAGGUGGUGUCCGAUGCUGCAGGCCAAGGCGUCACUAUAACUGGCAGCAAGACCUUCAACAACUGGAACUGGCCAAAUGCUGUUAUCUUUGCAGCCACUGUUAUCACUACUAUCGGAUAUGGGAACAUUGCCCCUAAAACCUCAGCAGGCCGUGGAUUUUGCAUCUUCUAUGGAUUGUUUGGUGUGCCUUUAUGUCUUACCUGGAUCAGUGAGCUAGGAAAAUUCUUCGGUGGUAGAGCCAAGCACCUAGGCCAGUACCUAACCAAAAAAGGAUUUUCACUGAGAAAGGCUCAAUUUACCUGCACAGCUCUUUUUCUCCUCUGGGGUGUGCUGGUCCAUUUAGUCCUUCCACCUUUUGUGUUUAUGUACCAAGAGGGUUGGUCAUAUAUUGAAGGCUUGUACUUCUCAUUUGUCACCUUGACCACAAUUGGUUUUGGGGACUUGGUAGCAGGUGUGGAGCCGAAUAAAGAAUACCCAGCUCUCUACCGUUACUUUGUGGAAGUGUGGAUUUAUCUGGGGUUGGCUUGGCUUUCUUUGUUCUUCAACUGGAAAGUGCGGAUGGUGAUUGAGGCCCACAAGGCACUGAAGAAACGGCGCAAGAUGCGCAAGCUAUCUCUCGAUGAGCUCCGACACUACAAAGAGUCUCACAAGGCUACUCCUCGUUUGUCUCCCACUCCCAAUGAUGUCAACAUCUUCAGCUUCCUGUCCAAGAAGCAAGAAGGUUACAAUGACUUGAUUAAGCAGAUUGGCAGCAAAAAAGAUGUCAGACACAACGGCACCAGUGACAACGCCAUCAAUAAAGCUAAAGAGAUUAGUCGCUCUAAAAGUUGCAAUGAUGCGCCCAUGUUUAAUAGUCACACCAUCCUCAGUCUGGACCGUUCACCACGGCAAAAGAGACGCUAUAGUUUCAGUGACCGCGUCACUGUUGCCUUUUCAAAGUCCAAGAACUACCUCCUGGGCUCGGAUAAUGGUUUGCUGCUAACAGAGGACCAUGUAGAGGGUGACCUAGAACUCGACCAGGACCAAAUGUAUGAGAACCAGCUUGACAAGGAUGUCGACCUAGAGAACGGAGGAGUGGGAGACUGUGGAGCAGGUGGUCGCAGGACAUGGGACUCUAAAGAGUACCACCCCUUAACGUUCCAAAAUGCAAACAUCACUUUUAUAGACGAGGAGAACUUUCUCAGCAAUAACUUGGAGGAGGAGAAUGACGACGAUGAUGAUGAUGAUGACGAUUCUAAAGCAAAACUGUCCAUUACCACAUGUGAUGAAAACAUUGAAACAAACUCCAAAGAGGAAGAGAGUUCUGAAUCUGAAGGGUCUGUGUUCACCAGUGACUGCUCUGAGCACAGCCACUCCUAUGAGAAACUUGUAGAGGAAUAUGCAAAGGAAGAAAACACAGACUCUUGAUCUCUGGCUGUUGGUAUUGAAGUGUAUGUAUUCGAAUUAGAAUUGUUGGAACGAAUACCAGAAUUCCCAUUGCACUUUUCAGACCAAGAUGAAACUCCAAAUGGAUGUUCUGUUUUUAUCUGAGAAAUGAUAAUAGACAUUAUUUUAACUAUUUCUAAGAGCUGAGCUUCUUAUAAACUCUCCAACAAACCUUGGUAUGGACAACAGAGAAUGGCAUGUAACCCUAUGAGUAUUUCACAUCUGCUCUAUUUAUGUCUUUUCAUAUGGUUUAAGAAACCAAUAACUAUUUUCCACAAGUCCUUUUUUCUACUCAUAGGUUGAUAAGAAAUUAUGUGUGGAAAUGUAUUCAGUUUCCCAUAGUUUCUUCUAUGCAUAUUCACCAUAUUGGUGUUUUUCUAAUAUUUAUUAAAAUGAAGGACAUAGUAGCUUUUAUUCACUGGCUACAUGGGUUCUCCCAUUGCACAAUUCCACCAAAUUAGAACAGUUCAAAGUUCAUUUCAGUGCAGAUUGUCUUUUAAAACCUGAGCCAAAAGUUUGUCCUUAGAGAAAAAUGAGGUUAAGGGUCAGUUCUUCUCCUUGGGUGUUUCUUGGGUGAAGUCCUUGAUAACUUUUAUUUUGACUGUAAGGAACAGAAUUGUGAGUGCACAAGAGGUCAUUAGUGAUGCAUAGGCACCCGGGAGUCGAGAACCAGCAAAAGUAAACUUUAUGGCAAAAUCUGAACGUCCUGCCAGAGAGACACACUAAGCUUAGAUUUAUUUUCCUGUUUUUAACACCUCUGUUCCAAGCAACGGUUGUAAACCGUUGUCUGCUUUGGAAAUGAUCCUCCCAUUGUAACGUACAAUAGACAUCUGUCAGAAUGGGAGCUGGUUUAGUGGGCACAUACUUUACUGUUGUGUUUUGCUGCUGACAGCAUGUCAGAUGUCAAUCCUGAGCCAUCUACCAUGGCAGUGCAUAACAAAACCUUGACAGCCACGAUAUUCUCACUUUUUGUCUCUGUAGCACCCUUUCACUUCAUUGUAUUUGCCAUGUAAAUAUUGGCUGAAAGUCCAUCAGUAGUCACAAACACAGCUCUGCUCAGGACAUGGCCUUGCUACUCAUGUUUGCCUUUGGGGGUUUGUACCGGCGUGAAUGACUGAAGUACCGCUAAUGCCGGGCUGCCAAGGUUAUCUUGUAACAGAUCGAUGCUCUCUUGACGUAUGUUUUAGUCAUGAGACAUAAAGUCAGCAGUUGGUGCCCUCAGUUACUGUAAAAUAUUUCCCUGUGCUCUCAUGUGACACACAUCUGUUGUUAGAUGUCAGCUGAUGGCUGUGAGGUGCCUUAAAUCCACUGCAAUAUAGAGGGAUAUACUGCACAAUGUAACAUCUGUUGAAUGUACUUUGACUCAUUCACUAUAGGGUUAAAUCUUGCAUACAUGGUGUUUAUGUUUUCUCUUCUCCUCGUCUUUUAUUUGAUCACAGGGCCACCACUCUUUUCUAUGUAACAUUCUCCCUGUCUCUCGAUCUCGUAUUUUCACCGGUAGUUCUUAAUGUCUUUGUGCAGCAUUGUUAUGCAGCCAUGGUACUUAUCUGGACUAAAUUUCAAGCAUGUCUCUAGAUUAUUGACUAAGAACAGGUAAGACUGGUUGAACCCAUUGUCCCAAGUUUUCCUCUUGGUGUUGCUUCAUUGUGUAAAACUCCAGUACAGUUGUUUUUAGUGUACUCUUUUUUUAAUGAUUUAAAUUAUUUGUUUGUACAAAUGUGGAUAUGAAUUUCAAACAAAAUGGUAUAUUUCAUGUAAAUAAACAUUUAAUAAAACUUGUGUUUUUGUGAUCAAUAUUUCAA